ACUCAGAAAAUGGCAUCUUCUUCAAGUGCUGAGGGAGACAAGUAUCGCUCUUACUUGUAUGGAGAAGCAGAGAAAAAUACCAAAUGGAGGUUUGGUGCUCCUCCAAACUACGAUGUUGUCAACAAGCUUUUCGAAGAAGGCAGAACCAAGAUAUGGCCUCCUGGAUCACUUGAGGAGAAGGUUCAAAACAUUGUAAAGACAUGGGAAAUGGAGAUGUUCCAUAAAUCAAAUUUUGAAGACUACAAAACAGUUAAUCCAAAUAAUUACACUUUCAGCCUCAAUGGAAGGAAAGCAAUAACAUUGGAAGAAAAAAGGAAGCUUGGAGGAGGGUACAAUUCCUUUAUGCAAACCUCCUUACCAGAGGAGUUCAGGUGCUACAAUCCAGCUGAGGAAACUGCUGAUUCAUCUCAUGUCGCCUUCACAACAGCAUUUCCAAGAGGUUUUGCUCUGGAGAUUGUCCAAGUCUAUUCAGGUCCACCACAAAUUAUAUACAAGUUCAGGCACUGGGGUUACAAGGAGGGUCCUUUCAAAGGCCAUGCCCCCACUGGGGCAUUGGUAGAACUCUUUGGAAUUGCCAUUUUCCAGAUGGAUGAAGAAAUGAAAAUUGUGAAGGUAGAGUUCUUUUUAGACCGCGGAGAAUUGCUUGGAGGUCUUAUGAAAGGUGCUCGAUUGGAUAGUGGCAAUGAGGAAGUGGCUUUGAGCUGCCCUUUCUUGAAGAACACUGGCUGA